GCUAGUCAGCCAGUGUCUACAAAAGCUCGAUGCGGUCCAUCAUUUGGAGGACAAACGUGCCUCGGGUCACGUUGGGGCAACUGUUGUAGUCAGUACUCGUACUGUGGCUCAACAAUCGAUUACUGCGCGGUCGAUACAUGCCAGAAAGGGUACGGAACCUGCAACGGA